AUGAACUCGAAGCUCUUGGCGCUCGGUGCUUUCUUUCUCGCCUUUGCCACCGCUAACGUCUUCGACUCGUCUUACUCCAAUGUCUCCAGCGCUGCUAUCGACGAAGACAGGAUCGAAACCGCCGUAUUAGUUGACACCGAGACGACAGAACCCGCCGAUGACGUUCUAUGGAAUGCUGCCUUAACCAAAGGCCGGAUGUUGAUACUAGCCACGAGCUUGAACCUUCCAGAGGCUAUUAAACUCUAUUUACCAAUGGAAACUCCCUGGGAUGGAACCCUCAAACGCGAACUAGCACUUUGGGGCUACUCGGAACCUGACUACCCGGAAGUUGAAGACUCUGACGAAAACUGUGUCAUGGGGCAAGAAAACCACGGCCUCCAAGAUAUGCUCAAAGAGCUACAUGCAGAUGAUAGAGAUUCACGUGAUGGAGGGGACAACAUCUGUCACACAAUCCAACAUCAAGACGGGCCUACCUUGGAGAAAGAUGAGAACGGUGAAGUCCCAGAAGAUCCUAGGGAACAAUACUACAAAGUUGAGGGGCGCAGAUACAGGGUUACCGGCGCGGAUUCCACCAUUGGAAUAAAUCCAAAGGCUGGUAUUAUCUUCUUCCUGACCCUUGAGAGCCCCACGUACGCGGCGAGAACGCUAUGGAACGUACCCUCCGUCAAGCCGGACGAGAUGCCUAAACUCCAAAGAACCUCGGAUCUUACCUGGGGUCUCUGGAAUAGGCAUAGCAAAGAAAGCCUGUCCAACAUCAACUACUUCUUCACGGUGGCAGUUGUGAACCCGGAAACGCGCAAGAUCAUCAGUAGAGCCAUGGGACAGAAUGCUGUACCGAAGGCGCCAGGAUACACCUUUAGAGCUGAUAAUGAGAACUUCAUUGCUCUGCUGGGAUCGCCGAACCUUGUAAUGGUGAUGUUUUUCCUCCUCCAACACAAGACUCAGUUUGGCCACAAUCGAUGGGUCACUGAGAUCCGUGUUUUCAUACCGAAUGGGGAUUUGAAUACGGUUUCGAUGCUUGUAAAGGUUGAGCGAGCGCCCCCGACAGAACCUCCCGAGCCUAUUGAAGAUCCAGAUUGCGCGGAGAAAAGGUCGUUGAAAAAAUACGGCGACGAAACCGUCGCUGAGCUCGAAUGGCUCCCGCCGAAACAAGAAUAUAUUGCCAACCUACGCUCAGUCGCACCUCCAGCGGACGAGCCAACGUGUGCUAUAUGUCGUGGUGAGUGGGAGUAUCCGGCCCAGGAAGUCGUUGAGCCAAGCCCUCACUGCUCUCGACAUCCUCUUCACAAAGACUGUCUUCUCAUAACCUUUGCAACGGAAGACGGAGAGGAGGUCAGCAAUCUGUGUCCAUUUUGCCGUCGUGAGCUCUUCGAGAAGAUCCCACAGCCGCCUACGAAGCCCCCGAAUAACCCGGCCAGUGUCUACCAGCAAACUACGCAACUCUAUGACAGCAUUGUGGCACUUCAUAUCCAUAUUGAAUACAACGACGACAAGACCGAAGAUCCACAGCUGCUGUAUCCUUCUGGCCCGACUAUCGAGGACGCCUUGCAGAAAGACGGUUUCUGGUCUGCUCUUCCGCGUUUCUUGGACGAAUGGUACUACCGCAAUGCAUCUCAGAUUAUCGAGCAGUCAAAAAGCUAUAAGAAACCACUGUCGAUCGUAGAUGCGGGUCGCGCAGUGUUUACUGAGCUUUUUGGUUAUGCCGAACCACCGUCUCGCAAGAUUACAGGUCUCACAGACGAAGGUCGCGCAGCUAUCACUGCGCUCUUUGCGCACGAACCUGACAACUCAGAGCUGUGUAUAAAGGCUACAGAGCUACUAGAUCACCAACAAGGCGAAAUUGUCAUGCAAUGUAUCCGCGCCGCCCUCAUGUACUACGACCAGUCUGCCUUCCCCCAACACGUCGAGGAUUUGCAGGGCAAAACUCGUUGGCUCAUUGCCUACCAUGUCCUGACUUCUCUAUUAACAGCACGCAGACGCCCCGAUGAGGACGUGUGGUAUCGAGGAACAAACAUCCCCCGCUGGCUCCAGCUGGUCCGUUUCCGUAAGAUGCUUUACCGAGGAAUCAACCAUUGGGCCUCACCGACCUUCUUCGCCAGCCAACGCCCACUCGAGAUAAAUUUCCCUUACGGUCACCUUAUGGGUGUUACCGAGGGAUUCGGUGAACAUGACUUAUUGGAAAUACAGUAUUUCCGGCCCACCGAUGCAGAGCCGUAUCAAACUCGUAUUGGACCUAUCGAUCGUGGUCAUAAGAUGAUCAUAAAGGAGGACACCUCGAUCCCAAUCUCCCGAGUGGCACUAUCUUUCAAUUUCUGA